CAGAAUUCUGGUGGGAGGAAGCACCAAGCGAGGAGUCAAGGCACAAGAGCCGAGGGGCAUCCUUAAACACUGGAAAGCCGUUGAUUUGUCUGCUCUGGUUCCGACCGGUCCAUCCGCACCACGGCGAAGGUUUACUCUCACAGUGUUAGCUACCCCCAAGGUGGUUGCUCAAAAAAGUGCCCCACCACGCUUCAAAAUUCCUGGAUUCGGGGUCGCGAACUGCGACAGCCUUUGGUGAACCUGCCCAUAUUUCGGUGCCCCAAUCAAUCCCAGUUCCCCAUAAUACAUAAUUCUCCCUUUUUGUUACGAAGCCAUUCGUCAACAUGUCACGGCCCGAAGACACCCUCGCGGCCGAUAUCCACUACGACGAUGUCGAGGCACGCAAAUACACGACCAGCUCCCGUAUUCAAAAUAUCCAGGCCUCCAUGACCCAGCGCGCUCUUGAGCUACUCGACCUCAAAUCACCAAGCUUGAUCCUCGAUGUCGGGUGCGGAAGCGGGCUGUCGGGCGAGAUCCUCUCGGGGGUUCCCGAGGAUGAGGGAGGGCCCCAUGUGUGGGUAGGGAUGGAUGUUAGCGCUUCCAUGUUGGACGUGGCGCUCCAACGUGAUGUGGAGGGUGACCUGUUCCUUGCGGACAUCGGGCAAGGCGUACCAUUUCGGGCGGGCACAUUCGACGCUGCCAUUAGCAUCAGCGCCAUCCAAUGGCUCUGCAACGCCGAAAACAGCGAGACAUCCCCGGCUGGCCGCCUAUCGCGAUUCUUCAAUGGCCUCUACGCGUCACUGAAACGGGGCGGCAUGGCCGUCUGCCAGUUCUACCCCAAGAACGACAUCCAAAAACAAAUGAUCACAUCAGCCGCCGUCAAGGCCGGCUUCGGCGCCGGUCUCCUCGAGGAUGACCCGGAAACGAAGAACGUCAAAGUCUACCUCGUGCUGACCGUGGGCAGCAGCGCGGUUGCCAACAAGGGCGGUGACAUCACGGGUGUCGUGGACGGCAUGGACAACGUGGAUGUAAUGGACCACCGGAAAAAGAGCAAGACCGGGAAGGGCGAUAUCAAGAAGGGCAGCAAGGCGUGGAUCAUCAAGAAAAAGGAACAGAUGGAGCGCAAGGGCAAGAUCGUCAAGUCCACGUCCAAGUUCACCGGGCGGAAAAGACGGAUCCAGUUUUAGUUCUGCCCUCCUUUCUUUUCUACAAUUUGCUUGGGGGCUGCAUCUCAAGGGGCGUUCCGGGUCUGGCGACAAAAACACAUACACUGCCUGUUAUAUUCUUUCUUUCUUGACACAAUCUGAUACCCAUUUCUUCUAGCAUCUUGCGUCUUGUUGUCUUCUGGCCUGGUUCUACAAGCGCGAUGUAUCCCGCAUCGACCCCUGGACGCCGUC